AUGGCUGGCGGCGUCAUCUUCUUGGCUGCAGUCUCGGUCAAGCACGAAAACUUCAAAAUAUGCGAUCAAUCUGGCUUUUGCAAGCGAAAUCGCCAGUUUGCCGAUGACGUCGCUGCAUCAAGCUCCUGGAGCUCCCCUUACAUGCUCGACCCUGCCUCGAUAACCUUCAACAACGGCCAAUUGGAUGCUGUCGUCCUCAAGACGGUGAAAGAAGGCGAGGAGAAAGUUCGUCUGCCGCUUACUGUUACUUUCCUCGAGACUGGUGUCGCACGCGUUACCCUCGAUGAGGAGAAGAGGGCCAAGGGUAACAUCGAGCUCCGUCACGAUAGCAAGGCAAGGAAAGAGCGAUACAAUGAAGCCUCCAAAUGGGCUCUCGUUGGAGGGCUGACUCCUUCGACCGGUGCUGCAUUCAGUCCAGAUGCUGAGCAAGGAUACACCAAGAUCGUCUACGGCAAGGGCGGAAGACACCAAGCUGUUGUCCGACAUGCACCAUUCGGCAUCGAGUUCCAGAGGGAAGGAGAGACUCAGGUUAAGUUCAACGAGCGUGGCUACAUGAAUGUGGAGCACUGGAGACCAAAGAUUGAGAAGCCGGUGGAAGAGAAGAAGGAAGGCGAAGAAGUCAAAGAAGAAGAGAAGAAGGUUGAGCAACCCGGCGAAGACGAGAGCACAUGGUGGGAAGAGAGCUUCGGUGGCAACACCGAUAGCAAGCCCAGGGGCCCUGAAGCUGUGGCGCUUGACAUCUCUUUCCCAGGCUACGCACAUGUCUUUGGUAUUCCAGAGCACGCAACAAGACUCUCACUCAAGACUACACGAGGCGGCGACAAUGCCUACACUGAGCCAUACCGUCUGUACAAUGCCGAUGUCUUUGAAUAUGAGAUGGACAGCCCUAUGACUCUCUAUGGCGCCAUUCCCUUCAUGCAAGCCCAUCGCAAGGGCUCAACCGUCGGUGUGUUCUGGCUGAAUGCUGCCGAGACCUGGAUUGAUGUCACCAAGAAAAGAAACACUGUGAACCCUCUCGCCCUUGGUGUUGAGGGUCACACUGACACACAAACUCACUGGAUGUCUGAGAGCGGUCUGUUGGACGUCUUCGUCUUCCUUGGCCCGACCCCUCAGGAUCUCACUCGCCAGUACGGUGAGCUCACCGGAUACACUGCUAUGCCACAAUCUUUUGCCAUCGCCUACCAUCAGUGCCGAUGGAACUACGUCACCGACGAAGAUGUCAAGGAUGUCGACCGAAGAUUUGACAAGUUCAACAUCCCAUACGAUGUCAUCUGGCUUGAUAUUGAAUACACACAGGAGAAGAAGUACUUCACUUGGGACCCUCUUACCUUCCCCAACCCCGAUGGAAUGCUACAACAGCUUGACAAGCGUGAAAGAAAGUUGGUUGCUAUUAUCGAUCCUCAUAUCAAGAAUACCAAUGACUACCCAGUCAUCGAUGAACUCAAGCAGAAGGAUCUAGCUGUCAAAAACAAGGAGGGCAACCAUUACGAUGGAUGGUGCUGGCCUGGCUCUUCUAUGUGGGUCGACUGCUUCAAUCCGACUGCUGUUGAGUGGUGGAAGACUUUGUUCAAGUAUGACAAGUUCAAGGGGACUGCUCCUAACACUUUCAUCUGGAAUGACAUGAACGAGCCAUCCGUAUUCAACGGCCCUGAGACUACUAUGCCCAAGGACAACCUGCACCAUGGCAACUGGGAGCACCGCGACGUGCACAACAUCAACGGCAUGACCUUCCACAAUGCGACAUACCAAGCUAUCACUGAGCGUAAGAAGGGUGAGCUUCGCCGUCCUUUUGUCCUUACUCGUGCCUUCUACUCUGGCAGUCAGCGCUCUGCAGCCAUGUGGACUGGCGACAACCAAGCAGAUUGGCCUCAUCUUGAGGCUUCUAUCCCCAUGGUUCUGAACCAGGGUAUCUCUGGCUUCCCCUUCGGAGGUGCAGAUGUCGGAGGUUUCUUCGGUAACCCCAGCAAGGAAUUGUUGACCCGAUGGUACCAGGCGGGCAUCUACUACCCAUUCUUCCGUGGUCAUGCUCACAUUGACACUCGUCGUCGUGAGCCCUACAUCGCUGGAUCACCAUACACUGAGAUCAUCACCCAGGCCCUUCGCCUGCGGUACCAGCUGCUCCCUGCUUGGUACACUGCUUUCCGUGAAGCUCACGUAACUGGUGCUCCAAUCAUCCGUCCAAACUUCUGGGUCCAUCCAGAUGACGAGGCUGGCUUUGAGGUUGAUGACCAGCUUUACAUUGGCUCCACCGGACUUCUCGCCAAGCCAGUCACAAAGGAGGGCGCUGACAGCGUCUCUGUAUACAUCGCAGACGACCAGCCUUACUACGACUACUUUGACUACACUAUCUACAGCGGCAAAGGUCACCACACCGUCCCCGCCCCUCUCGAAAAGAUUCCCCUCCUCAUGCAAGGCGGCAACAUCAUUCCCCGCCGCGACCGUCCGCGUCGCUCAUCCGGCCUCAUGAAAUACGACCCCUUCACCCUCGUCGUCAACCUCGACAAAGACGGCAACGCGGUAGGCACCCUCUACCUCGACGACGGCGAAACCUUCGACUACGAAAUGGGCGCCUUCAUCCACCGCCGCUUCUCCUUCGACGGCGCUCGCCAAAUCCUCACCUCCUCCAACCUCGACACCAACCAGCGCACCGUCAAGUGCGAGAAGUACCUUAAGACUAUGGAGAAUGUCCGUGUUGAAAAAAUUAUUGUUAUCGGUGCGCCUAAGGCUUGGAAGGACAAACAUGAGGUUGUGGUUAUGCAGGAGGGUGAGAAGGAGACUCGUAGGAAGAAAUCUGUACCCCUGGAAUUCCAUCCUGCACAGGGCAAGAAGGCGGCGUUUGCGGUUGUGAGGGAUCCUCGCAUUUUUGUUACGAGGGGGUGGAAGGUAGAUUUUGGGGACAAGGGCGUGGGACAUGAGCAUCAUGGGCAUGAGCAUUAG